ACUCAAGUUGUCUACACAUUACAUCGCCAGCAAUCCCUCCAAGUUCCACAUGGAUGACACGUGUGUCUCUGUAUUUUCUUCACACUCAAAAACCACCUCUUUCUUUCAUCUUCCACCUCAAAUUGCAUCUGUAAUGGGAAACACAACUACCCUUUUGUUCUUCCUCUCAGUUCUUCUGUGCCAUGGAGCAAUGGCCAUCCCUGAAGGUGAAGAAGACAACUUGUUCUUGAUGCAUAAACCUAAGAGAAUGGUGAAGACUGAUGCAGGGGAAAUGCGUGUGCUGAAAACCCAAAGUGGUUGUAGGAGGCUUUUAGAUAGGCACAUGCACAUUGCCUUCAUCACUAUGGAACCAAACUCCUUGUUCGUCCCUCACUACCUUGACUCCAAUCUCAUCAUAUUCAUCCAUAAAGGAGAAGCAAAUUUGGGAUUCAUAUAUGAUGAUGAACUGGUGGAAAGGAGAUUGAAGGCAGGGGAUGUGUAUGUGAUUCCAUCAGGUUCAGCAUUUUAUUUUGUGAACAUGGAGGAAGGUCAGAGACUUCACAUCAUCUGCAGCAUUGACCCUUCUACAAGUUUGGGAUUAGAUACCUUCCAUUCUUUCUAUAUUGGUGGAGGAGCCAAUUCACACUCACUGCUUUCUGAAUUCGGACCAGCUAUUCUUGAAACUGCAUUUAAUGAAUCAAGAAUGGAGGUUGAAAGUAUCUUUUAUAAGGAACUAGAUGGGCCAAUCAUGUACAUGGAUGAUUCUCAUGCACCUAGCUUAGGGACUAAAUUCCUUAAACUGAAGAAGGAAGAAAAAGAGCAACAACAACUGGACAAAAUGCUGCAAGACCAAGAAGAAGAAAAAGAAGAGAAGAAGCAAACAAGUAGUUCAUGGGAAAAACUCUUGGACAAUGUAUUUGGCAAGGUGAAUGAGAAGACAGAGAGCAAAAACAGUGUUGAUUGGAGCAAGGCAACAAAUCUCUAUGACAAAAUAUCUGAUUUCAGAAACGAUUAUGGUUGGAGCAAGGCACUGGAUGGAGUGCAGUAUUCUCCACUCACCAAACCUGACACUGGCCUUUUCUAUGUCUAUCUCAAAGCUGGAUCCAUGUUGGGACCUCAUGUGAAUGCAAGGGCAUCUGAGUAUACCAUAGUGCUGAAGGGCUGUGGGGAGCUUCAUAUAGUGUAUCCAAAUGGAAGCAAAGCAAUUAGCACUGAAAUCAAACAGGGGGACGUGUUUGUUGUUCCAAAAUCACUCCCCUUUUGUCAAAUAGCAUCAAGGGAUGGACCCUUAGAGUUCUUUGGCUUCUCUACCUCUGCCAAAGAGAACAAGCCACUGUUUCUGGCUGGCUCUGUGUCAAUUCUUAGGACCAUGCUGGGGCCUCAGCUUGCGGCGGCGCUUGGGGUGAGUGUAGACACUUUGCGGCGUGCCCUUGAUCCUCAGGAUGAACUUGUGAUCUUUCCGUCAACAUGGUCUGAACCACCAUAAGAUCCAUGGUAGAAGAAGUUGGAAGAAGAAGAGCAAGAACAAGUACACAUGCUGCUAAAGGCUAUCAGAAGCUUUGCUAAUUAUAUGGUUUUGAAUGCAUUUUAAGAGAUCAUUUGCUUUGAAAUAUGCUUGUGGUAGUGGUAGAGUAUCUAGAGGAACUCUGUUUUGAGUUUUGUGUUGCGUUUGUUUGGUUGAGAUGUGUGUGUUAGUGUUCUCAAAUUCUCUUCUGCAUUGCUUUCAA